AUGUUUGUCAAAAGAGCGGAGUCGUUUAGUUUUCAGUGGAAAAGUUGGACUUGUUGGAUGAACAAAUCUUCAAAAUGCCGUCUAUAGCAGCUUAACUCGCUGUGGAGAGGUUGUGUCGUACUAGCGUGGAUUCCAUGGUAACUUUUCUUGUGAACAUGCCAAGUCAGUUCUGAAGGCCGGUGGAAAAUGUGGGUUUCGUCUUUUUAAGUUGCAGUAAAACAUCAUAACCAAAUCACUAAGACAUGCUGUUCCACCUAUAAGUUACUGUCAAAGAGGUCAGUCAGGACCAGGUGUAAAUCAAACCCACACUUAACCACUAAAGUGCACCCUAUGUUGUGUGCUCUUAAGAAUCACCUGUGACGUCCUCAAGCUGUAAUGAAAUCCAGCGGACCUGUGUUCACAAGGCAGAAUCCCUUCCAGCCAGCAUCCAGGGUGGGGAAGGCACACUACCAUCCAUCUCGUAACCAGUCCCUGUCAAAGAAAGAGAAAAAAACAAAUUUGAGUCCUGAACGUUCAAAACAGCGGUCCAGUCCACAGUUACACACUCUAAGUCCAGGGAGCAAACGUCUGUCUGAGAAAAGUCACCGGCGUUUGACUGCCACGGAUGAAGAACCUGUCUUUGCAGAGUCCUGGCCCUCCACUGAAUGUGGAUCCUCUCCUGCCAGCACUUCAGCAUCAUCUGACAUGGAGAUGCCCAAACCCUCUGCAACAGUGGGAAAAUCCACAGUUUCCACAGAGCAAGGAGUUCAGCAGGAUUCAGUGCUGGCACAGUACAUCGAACGCUUUCGCAGCGGUCGACCACGGAGUCGAGAAGAGCGCCUACAACUUGGUUCUGCCGCUGGAGAGAAGCAGCCGCCAUUUUGGUGGAUGUCGCCCUCAUCCUUACCUCCCACUUCAACGCCGACUAAAACAACAGAUGAAGAUGUCAUCCAGCCUCUGGAAGAUGACCAUGGACGGGCUAUUUUCAGUGCAGCUGGACAGCGUCAACGUGACAGAUCUCUCUCCCCAUGCAGAGGAUCCCUUAGCAUUCUGUCAGACACCUCCCAGGGUGAAUUUGAUGACAUGGAGAUACUGCAGCUUCAAGAAAGGGCCAGUAGACUUCUGCUGAGAGAUGAAUAUACUCUGGGUGAUGGAAAUAUACAUGUCAGCUCAGAGGGCCUGGGAUGCUCUGAUUUCUCUUCUCCAGUCAGCGUAGAUGAGCCGCUGCGAAGACCUUUGAUUCCCAGUAUGAUAAAAUCCACUACUGCAAAGGCCAGUUCAGACUUGGUUCAUGCUCCGUCCUCCCAGAAAUCCACUGUCAUUCCUUCUCUGGUGCCCCCCGCACGCCCAGAAGAGGACAUCUUGUUCCAGUGGCGUUUAAGGAGAAAGAUUGAGCAGGCCAGGGAGUGGCCCCAGUCGCUGCAGCACUCCAGUCUUCAUGGCCCCGCAUUUAGCUGGCAGGCCUCCAGCUUAAGCCAUCCCUCAGCCAGUGGACAUCCUUACAAGCAGAGUUCUCAACCUCCUGAAUUCUCAUAUAAAGCAACACGUCCACACAUGCCUGCUUACCAGGCAGAAACCAACGAGGCCCAAACAUCGUGUCCCGCAGAUUCAGGCCCACAUCCCCUCCCUGCCUCUGUUGUCUCUGGCUCUUCAGUGUCUCAGCCCCAGGCUAUCGCCCAUGUUCCUGCCCAUAUGCAUUUUCUCUGCGAUGUCUUGCCCUGUCCCGUACAGUCAUCUCAUGCUAGCAGGCAACCAAUCAUUUCUCAAAUUAUCGACGAAUCCCACACCAGAGUUGUCUGUAAAAAGACACAGGCCCCCAGAGACUCAGUGGGUACCUUUACUGAUGAGCCUGUUUGUGAACAUGUACCAUCCGCACCGCCUGCUUCAUUUGGCGCUGUAGAAAGAGAGGGGCCUAGUCAACACAAAACAUCUGAGAGGAAAGCCCAGAAAAGAGAGUCAGAGAGGAAGACAGCCUCAUCCUCCAGAAAGCAGAAUAAAUCAAGAUAUACCGUUGAUAGGGAACAUGGUGAUGUCUCCAGGUCUACAAACGAGAGUUCUUUGCAUCACAAAAUUCCCAAAAAGCUUGUGCCAGGGCCAGAGCAGCAGCAGCCAAACAGGAGCCAGAGGUUCUCAAAGAGAUCUACUGACGAUUAUGCACCACCAACUUCUCCAAUCCACAGCGCCUUAGGACAGGUAGUUUCAGAGGUGCUGUUCCCUACGGCGGAUUCAUCUCCUGCACAAAGGAGCCACGUUUCAUCGGCUGCUCCUCCUCGCAUCGCCUCUGCAGCGCCACAAUCCUCCGUCCCUCCAUGCGACGCACAGAACUCCGUGGAGGUCAUUUCACAGCUGCUGCAAGAAGCUGAGGAUUCAGAUGGAGAAGAGUUCCAAGAUGACCCUUUAUUACAAGUCCUUCGCAAGCAGAGAACGUGGGUAAAGGAGCAGAUCAGUGAAGUGGACUCCACGUUGAAUGAUAUUCAGGACGAGCAACAGGUUCCUUAAACAUUUUAAAGAAGCAACUCGAUGUAGUCUCUCUCUUUUUUUUUUUUAUUUUAUUUUAUAAAGAAAUAAAGUUUAUUUUUUGAAGAAAUAAUUCCACAUUAAAGAGUUUGGAGAUA